GCUUAGGAGCGGCGAACGGAGCCAAAUCUUUGCGCAAGGUGCCGCGCGGGAUUCAGAGACCGGAGCAACAUGUGAGCGUGGGAUGCGAUCGCACGGAACACAGUUUUCCCGAAGUUUACUGAUUUUAUCCUUGUUAUGCAGCGAUUCCCUGUAUUUUACUCAAAUGUUUUAAGUGCCGAGAAGUCGUGGAAGGAAGGCAGCCUGUGCGAUCUUCAACCAAGAAAAAGGACCAAAUCGGGUUCGUUUGGAGAAACGAUUUAAAAGAGCAAAUUCAGUCGUUAAAUAGUUGCAUUUUUAUAUAAGCAACGUCAAUACCGUUAGGUACUGCAGGUUGUCCAGGAAAAGGGAGGAAGGAAGGCGAGAGAAAGGAAAGGAAAGGAAAGGAAAGGAAAGGAAGAAAGAAAGAAAUCAUGCAUUGAAGUCAUUUUAAAGCACCGCCUUAACUCUUAAAAAAACUCCCAUCGGAGCUGCAGCGAAAAGGCAUCGAGCAAUUGUUAUCUGUUCCUGCUCAGUUCCCGAGAAGCGAUCACUUUCGUUUUCGUUUUCCUACUUCUUGCCAAAAGGAGGCGGAUUUUGCCACUUUCCAGGGUUCUUCCGCCCGGAGCUGCUGGAUUUCGGGUGGGGAGAAGCACGAAAGUUUCUCCCUUCGUGGUACAGAAGAAGCAGGAUCAGAAUGGGUGCCACAGAGAACCUUCCGAAGAUCGACGAGGAAUUGUAUUCCCGCCAACUCUAUGUACUCGGGCAUGAGGCCAUGCAGAAGAUGGCUACAGCAACAGUGCUGGUUUCUGGAAUGACGGGGUUGGGAGUCGAGAUUGCCAAGAAUGUGAUUCUUGCAGGCGUGAAAUCUGUCACACUCCAUGACCAGGAUGAUGCUCAAUGGAGUGACCUGUCCUCACAGUUCUACCUGUCAGAGAACGAUUUGGGGCAAAACCGAGCUAUGGUUUCCCAGAAACAUCUCUCCAAGUUAAAUAGCAAUGUUGAGGUGAUCCCCCACACCAGUGAACUGACGGAGAACUUCUUGACUACAUUCAAGGUUGUGGUUCUGACCAACUCAUCCUUGAAGGAACAGCUGGAUAUCAGUGAUUUCUGCCAUGCCAAUCAAAUUUGCUUUGUCCUAGCUAACACAAAGGGCCUGGCUGGACAGGUUUUUUGUGAUUUUGGAGACAAGCAUGUGGUGUAUGAUCCUUCAGAAGUUGACCCUGCAUCUGCUGCCAUUGAACACAUCACCUUGGGUAAUCCUGGUCUCUUGUCUGUGGCCCAGGAUGAUGAGCAGGGACAUCACUUUACGGAUGGCGACUGGGUGAUGUUCUCUGAGAUUGAAGGGAUGACACAACUGAAUGGUUCUAAGCCACGCCAGAUUUGUGUGAAAGAGCAAAAAUACACCCUGGAAAUUGGAGAUACAUCUUCCUUUUCCCCAUACCAACAUGGUGGGAUUAUCACUCAAGUCAAGAUGCCUCAAAAACACUCCUUUAAGUCUCUGCGAGCCUCCAUGGCUAAUCCGAAGAUCAAUACCCAAGGUAGAAAGAAAAUGUUUCGUUAUCGCAUUCUUCAUGCAGCCUUUCAGGCACUUCACACAUUCCAGAAUAAAUUUGGUCGACUUCCUAGCCCUCAGAAUCGGGCAGAUGCAGACAUGUUAGUCGAGCUGGUGGAGUUUCCAAUUAUGGAUCAGGAACAAGAGAACCUUAUACGGACAUUUUCGUAUGGAUGUAUGGGGGAUCUGAGCCCUAUGAAUAGCCUUAUUGGAGGCCUUGCUGCCCAGGAAGUCCUAAAGGCUGUCUCAGGGAAAUUCACCCCUUUGGAUCAGUGGCUGUACUUUGAUGCCUAUGAAUGCCUGCCUGAGGGGGAGCAGCUGACAGAGAAAAACUGUGCCCCGCGUGGUAGUCGCUACGAUGGGCAGAUUGCUGUCUUUGGGGCUGACUUCCAAAAACGACUUGGGAAGCAGAAGUAUUUCCUGGUAGGAGCGGGUGCGAUUGGCUGUGAACUCUUGAAGAAUUUCGCAAUGAUUGGCUUGGCUGCUGGCGAGGGUGGGGAGAUCAUUGUGACAGACAUGGACAUCAUUGAAAAGUCCAACCUAAACAGGCAGUUCCUAUUUCGACCAGAAGAUCUAUCUAAGCAGAAGUCAGAAGUGGCUGCAGCUGCCAUAAGACGUAUGAAUCCCAAUAUCAAUGUAAUAGCUCAGCAAAAUCAGGUUGGGCCUGACACAGAACACUUCUAUGGGGAUGACUUCUUCCUGGGCUUGGAUGGUGUCGCCAGUGCCCUGGACAGCUUUCAAGGCAGAAACUAUGUGGGCGAAAGAUGUGUACGCUACCUCAAGCCUCUGCUUGAUGCUGGGACCGAUGGCACCAAGGGACAUGCCCUGGUCUUUGUGCCUUACCUGACAAAGACACAUGGACAAAUUCUGGAUGGGGAAAGUAGAAAGUUCCCUCUCUGCACUCUGCGCUAUUUUCCCAGUGCCAUCCAGCACACCAUUCAGUGGGCCCGAAAUCAAUUUGAGGAUCUUUUCAAAAGAAGACCAGAGUAUACUAAUAAGUUUCUGAGGGAUCCCACCUUCUUUGAGAAAGAAGGCAUGGAAAAUUUGGAGAUGCUGAAUCUAGUGAAGAUGAGUCUUCAGGAGCAGCCACACUGCUGGCGAGACUGCGUGGCCUGGGCCCGGAAACUUUGGGAGCGUCUUUUCUCUCAUGAAAUCCUGCAGUUGCUGUACAACUUUCCACCUAAAAAUGAGACAAGCUCUGGACUUCCUUUCUGGUCCGGAUCCAAGCGAUGCCCCCAGCAGCUCCAGUUUGACUACAAUAAUACCACCCACAAGACCUUCAUUGUGAUUGCCAGCCGCCUCUUUGCCGAGACAUACAGGCUGCUUGUUCAUGAAGAUGAAGCUACCACUUCCCAAGUCCUCCUUGAGUUGCAUCCCCCACCCUUCCAACCACGUCAAGAGAUGCAUAUCCCUGUUACUGAUGAGGAGAUUCCAACAUUACCAAGUGCCUCUAAUCAGAGAAUGUUGGUAGAACUGAAGCAAGAAUUGGGAAAGCUGAGAGAGGAGCUUGAAAAAGACAGUGUCCUCUUAUCUGGUUAUAUGGAGCCACUUCACUUUGAGAAGGAUAAGGAUUCCCAUUUGGAUUUCAUCACACAUGCAGCCAAUCUGCGAGCUGAGAACUAUGGCAUCUCUCCAGUGGAUAAGUUCCAGGCCAAGAAGAUUGCAGGCCAGAUUGUACCUGCUAUUGCCACAACAACAGCUGCUGUAGCUGGCCUGACCUGCCUGGAGCUUUACAAAUUGGUGUGGCAGCACAAGGAUCUCAGUUCCUAUCGCCAUGGCUCCCUCCAGCUCUCUGCUCCGUUCCUGGAUCGCUCCCAGCCUGUGCCAUCUCCACAAGAAUACAAGUGUCAGCAGAAGACAUGGAGCUGCUGGGACAGAAUUACUGUGCCUGGUUUUAAUUCCAAAGGAGAAGUUGUUACCUUGAGAGAGAUAUGUGAUCAUAUUCAGAGGGACCAUGACCUUGUGCCUCAGAAAUUGCUGUUUGAGACAGCCACUCUCUAUGAUAAGGAAGAUGAAACCAAAAGGCAACAACUUCCUUUCAGCCUAACAGAAUCGAUUUGUAAAACUGGGAAGUCAGUCCCCAAGGAGUGCCGUCUCUUGGUAUUGUCAAUGGUCUGUGAAAAUGAAGAACCCGAUGAUGAUUUACCACCUGUUCAUAUCAUGCUUCAACCAACCAGUAGUCAAAAAUAAAUUAUUUGUGCAACCGGAUCAGAAAGGAAGCAAGCUUGUUAAAUCUGACAGAAGCACUGAAAGGGACUUCUGUAAACAGAUAUUAAUGUAAGAAUGUGCUUUGGUGAAGGGAUGAAGGCGAUGUGUCUUCUCCAGUGCAUCAGCUUAAAUUUGCCUGCAGGAGUUAUCCUACCCCUGAGGGCCAUGAACAGAUAAUUUGUUGGAAAUGACUAUGAAGUGCAAUCUACAGAACUUCUUUUGUCGUAUCUUGAAUCUCUCUUCUCAUUAUGUUCCUAUAUCACGUCAGUUGGGUGUGUGGCAACAUUACAUUAACCUGCUCUGCUUUGUCAGAGAGUUUAUUGAACUGGCACCCUCCUUUGAGUGUUGGUCUGUGAUUUGUAGGCACACUGCAAAUGCGAGUGGGGAUUAGUCUCGUUGUAGUCCAACACAGCUGGAAGGCCCCAGGCUAGGAACAUCUGCCUUAAAGGAUGAGAUAUUUUCAUUAUUUCAGCACCGAAAGACCUAACCUUCAGUGUUCAACUAGUAUCUCCAAUUAGAUGAGAAAGUUUGAAGGACACGCUAGGAGAGGUUUUGGAAAGCCAGUCGCAAUUAGAGCAAGACAGCGUUGGGCUAGAUGUAGCAAUAAUCAACCAGAGUACCUUCAAGCUUUCAGCUGUCCCUGUAUUUUGAAUAUGUGCAAUGGGAAGGGACAUUAGAGUACUGUGAGAUAUUUGAGAGGCACUAAUUUGUGCUGUAGUUGAGGGCAAAAUCUGAGUUUAAAUGCCUUGAUUGUUGAUUGGGCAGCAUGGCGCAAACCGUUAUCUUUUUCUUUACAGUAAGAUGGGAUUAUCAUGGGGAUGAAUGAGACUUUGUAAAACAUUCAUUAUGCAAUCUGAAAGGAAGAGCAGAAACUGCCUUAUAUAAGGGCUUCAUCUAGCUCACUAUCGUCUCCAUACUUAACAAAUAUGGAUGCAGUUCUUUCAAGUCCUACGUGCAGAUACCAAGGACUGAAUGGGCAUCUUGCAUUUAAAAAAUGUGCUCUCCCAAUGUAACCUACUCCUUGUUACACAUUGUUACCAAUGGAAUUGAUAGUGCCCAUGGGUCUUCAGGAUAAACCACAGCCUCCCUGAUUGUUUGCCACCCAGCUUCAUGAAAGAGAGCGCUUUGCUCCCACUAUUGUAGAUAGAUCCAGAAGAAACUUACGUAGUUGUAAGCAAAUUGCUUUGCCGUAUUGUACACCUAUUAGUUUUAGUUCUGUCCACUCAGAUCCACCUUUGUUGUGACAGCUGUAUAGCUAUGGUAGUCCUUGACUUACGGCUAUAAUGGGGUCUGCCCAUUAUAUAAUAAAUAAAUAAUAAGUCAUGAUGUCCGUAGAGCAGGUUAUCAUGUGACCAACCUGAUUAUAGAAACUAUAUUUUGCAGCGGUUAAGUGCAGACAUUAUUCAUUAUGAGGUGUUUUUGCCAAAAACCAGAAGUAAACAUUGAUUUUCAGCAAAAAUGUAAAUUGUGAUCACAUGACUGCAGGAUGCUGCAAAUGUUCAUAAAUGCAACCCAGUUGAUGAGGACUCAAAAUUCAGUCACAUGACUAUGGGAGGUGGCAGCUGUUAUAAGUUUGGAACUGAGUUGCAAGUUUCUUUUAGGGGAGUCUUCUUGUAAUGUUAAAUGGUCCCUAAGUGAGCAGUCGUAAGUGGAGAACUAGCUUAUUUGUAAACUGCUACCUUGUAAAUUCUAUCAUCUUUUGCCCCAGCUCCUGAAACAUCCAGCUGUUUGAACUGGGUUUCUCACAUUUUAUUUCCCUUCUGAUAAGAAAGAUAAGAGUCUGCCUAUAAUGUUAAGAAUCGUUAAGAACAACUUGGCUGACAAUUCCGUAUGUGGUUUGAUUUUUAAGAAAGACUAUGAGGGACGUGCAUAAGAGCACAAAUGUGCCUACCGUUCCUGUCCUAUUGUUCCUUUUCAUUAUAUCAAAUUAACAUAGUUGUUACAUUCUUUUGCUUAUAUAUAUAUAUUUCUUAUAUGAUCUGUUGUUGUUUUAUGUCGAUGUUUGUAUACUGUUGUGACAAAAUGGAAUAAAAUAAAUAAAUAAAUAAAUACUUCA